AUGAACGCAAACGCCUCAUUCAAUACUAGUGGAUCAACUGGAAGCUGUUACUUUCUGUUUGUGACAUUCGACCAUGUCAAAUACAUAAAGUGGACGUUCAUCUUUUCAAGCACUGUGAACGCCCUUCUUGCCAUUCCAGCAACACUCGGCAAUGCCGUAGUCCUCAUGACCAUAUUGAAAAACCCAAGUCUUCACACUCCUUCAAAUUGUCUUCUAUUUAGCUUGGCGGUUUCGGACCUUGGGGUGGGCUUGAUCGUCCAACCGCUGUGUGCCUUGUAUAAAAUUAGCGAAAUGGAAGAAAAAUUUCUCCCAUACUGUAUAGCUGGCCUGGGAAGUGAGAUAUUGGCGUUUACCUUUACUGCAACUGCAUUUAUGACAAUAGCAGCUAUUUCUUUCGACCGUUACCUUGCCAUACGCUUACAUCUACGGUACCAAGAGCUUGUUCCAGUUAGUCGAGUAAUUAAAGUGGUGAUGCUUUUGUGGGUAUUUGGCUUGGUGAUGUCUGUUGGUAGGCUGUUUUGUUUCGGUAACUGCCAGUCUCUAGUAACUGCUUUUGCAACAGUGUUUUCUUUCUUCUUGUUGGCGACUGUUAUCAGUUACAUCAAGAUUGGUCAAACAGUUCGCAAGCUUGUUAUACAAGUAAACCCAGAUGAAACCGGAGACCCUCUUCAUAACAGAAUCAUCACUUGUGUUCAAAUGUCCCAAAUGAAAAAGUCAGUCGUUACAAUGUUAUACGUUGUGGGGACUUAUGUGCUUUGCUUUGUACUCUACAUGACAGCACUGGCUGUCUGCGUUCUUCUCGAAUGGGACCCGUUUUCUCGUGGUGUCCUCAACGUCGUCUUUCCAAUUGCAUUUUUAAACUCGAGUCUCAAUCCUCUCAUUUAUUGCUGGAGAAUAAGAAUCAUACGCCACUUUGCUAAGAGGACUGUUUUUAAGAUGGUUGGUAUUCAUAAAAGUUCAUCUCUGUCAGUUGUCGAACUCUAAACAAAGAUAGUAACAUUGUCAAAUCGCCUGCUGACUUUUGCAGAUGAAUCCAUUUUUUGCACCCACGAAUACUGGACAAAAGAACAAAAACUUAAA